AUGGCGGCGACCGGCACAACGGACGAGAUUACGCAGCGAAUCUACGCGCGAUGCCGUGAACAAUUCUCUGGCAGUCAGCUGCUCUAUCAGCGCGAUAUUCUGAGUUUGGGAAUAAUUCCGGCGAAGAAUUUGGAGAUUCUUCUUGAGUGUACCCAGAAGCUCGUUGACCAGAAUCGCUUCCGAGUCUACCAAGAUAGCGACAAUCGAUUAGCUUGGAAAGUCAUAGCGGAGGAAGAUGCAGAAAAAAUCCAGAGUCUCAACGAUACCGAAAAAUUAGUAUACAAUGUCAUCCAUUCUACAGGCCGAACAGGUAUCUGGAUACGACAACUAGGCAAACGAACAGACCUCCACAAAACCAGCUUAGACAAAGCUCUCAAAUCCCUCGAAGGGAAAAAUUUCAUCAAAUCAAUUUUCAAUGUCAAACACCCCGGUAAAAAGGUGUAUAUGCUCGCCGAGCUUACACCAGCCGAAGAUGUCACAGGCGGAGCAUGGUUUACCGAUGGUGUUCUUGACGCGGAAUUUAUUGGUGUUUUAUCAGACUACAUUGAAGUGCAAGUCAGCAAACGAUCGUGGUAUGAAGUCAUUCCGAAACCCGCCGCAAGCAGCAGCAACAACAAGAGGCAAAAACUGAACACUGGUGAAAUCAUGAAACAAAACGAACCAACAGCCACCGAAAAAGAAAGGAAAUACUAUCCAUAUCCAGCAGACUACAAAUUCUACCCGACAGUCGGCGAAAUCACAGUCGAAGUGAACAAAACCGGCAUCACGCCUGUCAAACUAGACGAAGGCAGUAUCAGUCAACUCCUUCGCAUGAUGUGCUUUGACGGUAGACUGAUUGCUUUGAAUGACCACACAAAUUAUAAAGCAGUCAGACGGCCGAACGAAAUCAUCAAGGCUCGCGCGGACGCAGACCGGCCGCCCGAAGUACAGCAAAAAUCUUUCUUCAACGGGGCAAAUGGCAUGACCGAAGCGCCCUGUGGCCAAUGUCCCGUGUUCAAGAUUUGCCAACCGGGUGGUACCGUAAGUCCAGAGAACUGCGAAUACUUCGACGACUGGUUUGGGAAAGCUCUUGGGUUUUGA